UCCAACGACCUUCCAAAAAUGAGGACUACCAGUUCAAUAAAAUCCAAUUUCUCUUCAAGUUUUUCUUUAACCUACAACUUCCCCUCGUAAUUUUCCAGUGCAAAAACAAAACCCAUGUAGGAAAAAUCACCAGUUCAUCAUCAAGAUCGCAACUGUGUGUUCUUUUUUGUCCCUGUUUAAUUAGCAAACUUGUUUCUAGAGAGAAAUGUUUCAUGAAAAGAGUCGGAGAGGUGGUUUGGUAGGCGGCUAAUAAGUAAUACCUAAUAUAAACAGAGAUCAAGAAAAAACUCAGAGGAUUCCCAUUAGAUCUGGAAUUACAGGGCUUUUCUCGGGUCUGUGUUGAAGUUUACUUCAUUUGUUUUCAGGUACCUGAAGUAAGCAAUUUGUUUGUACUUUGUGCUUGUAUCAUCUUGGAGUUGGUUUUGGAAUUGUGACCUGUUUUUCCAGGCUAAGAUAUUGAAUUUUUUUGACGGAUUUUUUGAACUUGGAUGGGUAUUUGCCUUAGCAACCAAAUCAAGGCCGAGAGCCCAUUUCAUACCGGUACAGGCAAUGGAAAGCUCUGAUAAUCUGCACGCAAAGUAUACAUUUUGAUAUUUUAAUCUUAAUUCUGGAAAUUGGAUGAUGCAUAUAGGCGUGACUCCUUCUAGAAAUGUAAGUGGAGAUGGGAUAGAGUUGAGUAAUUCAAGCAGCGUGGGUUCAUCUGCUUCACUAUCCCAGACUCCUCGGACUGAGGGUGAGAUAUUGCAGUCCUCCAACUUGAAAAUCUUCUCUUUCAGUGAUCUCAAGGCAGCCACAAGGAACUUCCGCCCCGAUAGCAUCUUAGGUGAAGGGGGUUUCGGUUCUGUUUUCAAAGGAUGGAUUGACAAGAAUUCAUAUGCAGCAUCAAAGCCAGGCGUCGGGAUGAUGAUUGCUGUUAAGAGGCUGAGACAAGAUGGGGGACAGGGUCACAAGGAAUGGUUGGCUGAAAUCAAUUAUCUUGGUCAGUUGCGUCAUCCUAAUCUUGUAAAAUUGAUUGGUUACUGCCUAGAGGAUGACCACAGACUUUUGGUCUAUGAGUUCAUGCCCAAGGGUAGCAUGGAGAAUCAUCUAUUCAGGAGAGGUUCUUACUUCCAGCCACUUUCUUGGAGCCUACGAAUGAAAAUUGCUCUUGGAGCUGCAAGGGGACUUGCCUUUCUUCACAAUGCUGAGACGCAAGUAAUAUAUCGGGACUUCAAGACAUCAAAUAUCCUGCUUGAUUCAAACUACAAUGCCAAACUUUCUGAUUUCGGGUUAGCCAGGGAUGGGCCAACUGGUGAUAAGAGUCACGUCUCUACUAGAAUUAUGGGGACUUAUGGAUAUGCUGCUCCUGAGUAUCUAUCGACAGGUCAUUUAACUGCCAAGAACGAUGUAUACAGUUUUGGCGUGGUUCUGUUAGAAUUUUUAUCUGGUAGGAAAGCAAUAGACAAGAAUCAGCCAGCACGGGAACAUAAUCUGGUUGACUGGGCAAAACCUUACCUCACAAACAAGCGUAGGAUUCUUCAUGUUCUGGAUGUCCGUCUUCAAGGCCAAUAUUCAUUGGGUCGAGCCCUAAAGGCCGCUCGUCUUGCACUCCAAUGCCUAUCCGUGGAUCCCAGGUCAAGGCCGAACAUGGAUGAGGUGGUAACAGCUUUAGAACAGCUUCAGGAAACUUCAAAAAAUGAUCAAACGAAUCACCAAUCAAACCGGCAAACUCACCAUAACGUUCGGCCUAGUUCAUGCAGAAGCAGUGCUGGAGAAAUGCAUGGAGUAACAACUCAUCCCAGACCAUCAGCUUCCCCUCUUUACACGUAAAAAGAGGUACAACUAUAACCUCUUCGAUUCAUUGGUGUAGUUAAUUUCAUUUACAACCUUGUACGUGUAGCUGUGUACUAUAUAAACCAUAUUUGAAGAGAAUUAAUGUACAGUUGUUUGGCAAUGUAAUUUGUGAUCUACCCUUGAUAUUAGUUGUCAGUUGUGAUCUUCUUGCUCUCUGGAAAAUGUUCUAGGGUUUUUGAGCUUGAGCUCCAUUUUGUUUGAGUUUGAAAAUUUUGUAUUUUGUUUGUAAAAAAUAAAUAAAUGCAAGUAUGAAGUUA